UCUAUUUCCGGAAAUAAAACCAGCAACUCGAGGGAAGCCAUUUUGGAUUUGCAAAUGAAAGCAAAAUCGCCUUGUUAACGUUUACCUUGUGCUUAUAUGCACAUUUCAAAGAAAAUGGGCCGGUCUCGAAGUCGCAGCAGAUCUUCCAGUAGACAGAGGCAUAAAGGGAAGCACAAAAAGAGGAGGACAAGAUCCCGCUCAGGAUCGCGAACCAAGCAAAAGGAAUCCAGCAGAUCAAGUCGUCACAGUCGAAAUCGCUCAAGGUCGAGAGAAAGGAAGCGAAGUCGACAUGAAAGAAAACGGUCAACAUCAAGUAGUUCAAGUAGUGAUGAUGAUCUGAUCAUACGUGCAAAGCGCAGAGAGGAAGAAGAGAAAAAGGUGGAACUAGAGAGACAGAGGCUACAGAAACAGAAGGAGUUGGAAGAGCGACUGAUAGAAGAGGAAGUUGCUCGCCGUGUAGAGGAGCUUGUUGCCAAGCGAGUAGAGGAGGAGCUAGAGAGAAGGAAGGAUGAAAUAGAGGCUGAAGUCCGUCGUCGUGUUGAGGAGGCAAAGCGCAUCAUGGAGAAACAGAUGUUGGAGGAACUUGAACGUCAACGAGAGGCAGAGCUUGAGGCUCGAAGAAACAAGGAGGAUGAGGAGAGGAAGAAAAGAGAGGCUUUAGAGCAAAUAAUGGAAGAAAACAACCGCAAGAUAGAGGAAGCACAGAAAAAACUGGCUGAAGAGCAGUUGAAGUUAGUUGAGGAACAGAGACGUAUGUUAGAGGAAAAACAACGAAUGGAGGAUGAUGAUAAACGACGUAAAAAACGGGAACAGGAGGUAAUACUCAAUAAGAAGAAUGCUCGUCCUAAAGUAUCAUUCUCUCUGGGAAAGUGAUGUGUGUUGUGCUGAUAGGAUCAAAUUCAAUAUAGUGUUGUGCAAUUGAGGCAUAAAGCCUCUGGAAGUUUGGACUGAAAAUCUAAGUUCUGGAGGUCUUCUAGGCAAUGCUCAAGGAUCCUUUGCAGUUUGUGGCAAUCUGCAGCUGUAAAAAUUCGCGUGAGAUAUAUCCAGUCAGUUUCAGCAGUUGGAGUUUGAAGUUUGCUUCACAAGUUCAGCUCGAUUCCAGGAAUGCAUCAAAUUCUCAACAGUGGAUGGAAGGAAUGUUUGUGUGUGUUGGGAGAAUGAAGUGUGCAGAAUGUGUGUUUGAGUAUAUGUGUUUGAGAGAAAUAGUGCUAGAGUAUAUGGUGUACAAAAGUGUGUGUAAAGAAUGAUUUAAUUGGGACAGCAUGUAUAAUAUUAAUUGCAAAUGUAAAAAAAAAAAAAUUCCCUUGUGUAAACUGAAAAAUGAC